AUGUGUCGACAUUCUGAUACGAUGAGGGGAACACCGCCUGGGAUUCUGCUAAUAAGAGGCAAAGAUUGGAACCUCCAAACGUACCGUUACACGGUUUUGUUGGUAACGUUCAUAGCCUACGCGUGUUACCACGCUUCAAGAAAAGCCACGGGAAUAGUGAAGAGCGUGUUAUGCCCCGACCAUAACAGAGAAAGUCAGGGUUGGAGCCCCUUCAACGGCCACGAUGGAACCUCCAAGUUGGGUGAGAUUGACGUUGCGUUCUUGGCGUGUUACUCUCUGGGUAUGUACGUUGCAGGGCAUUUGGGAGAUACAUUAGACCUUCGUUUGUUCUUAACCACGGGAAUGAUAGGGAGUGGAAUCUUCGUUGGUCUUUUCGGGAUGGGUUACUUCUGGAAUGUUCAUGAGUUUUGGUUUUAUCUCUCGAUGCAAAUGAUUGCAGGGUUGUUUCAAGCAACGGGUUGGCCUUCUGUUGUUGCUGUUAUUGGUAACUGGUUUGGGAAGAGGAAGAGGGGACUCAUAAUGGGUAUUUGGAAUGCUCACACUUCUGUUGGUAACAUUAGUGGUUCUCUUCUUGCUGCUAGUGUUUUGGAUUAUGGUUGGGGUUGGUCUUUUUUGGUCCCUGGUGCAUUGAUUAUAUUUGGUGGGUUUAUUGUUUAUUUGUUCUUGCCUGCUUAUCCAGAGGAUGUGGGGUUUUCUUCCAUUCAUGGUGAUGAAGAGGCUCAAUUAACCAAUGGUGGUGGUGGUGGUGUUUUGGUAGAAGGGGAGACAAAUGCUGUUUUUGGACAAGGGUCUGUGAGCAGGAAGAGCAUUGGGCUUCUUGAGGCUUGCAUGAUACCCGGUGUUAUACCUUUUGCUUUGUCUCUCUUCUUUGCCAAGCUUGUUGCCUACACGUUUCUGUAUUGGUUACCGUAUUACUUGACUCAGACAGAAAUUGGAGGGAAGUAUAUCUCUGUUAAAUCAGCUGGAAACCUUUCAACCAUGUUCGAUGUGGGGGGUAUUUUUGGGGGUAUUCUUGCUGGCUACAUAUCUGAUAAACUCAGGGCGCGUGCUAUAACAGCAACAAGCUUCAUGUAUGCAGCGAUUCCUUGUAUGCUUUUGUACCGAUCAUAUGGAAGUGUUUCGAUGAAUGUCAACAUAGCACUCAUGAUGGUGACUGGAUUAUUCGUUAAUGGACCCUAUGCACUCAUCACUACUGCUGUCUCUGCUGACUUGGGUACACAUAGUUCUCUCAAAGGAGAUUCUCGUGCUCUAGCUACAGUGACUGCAAUUAUAGAUGGUACUGGAUCAGUUGGUGCAGCUCUUGGCCCUCUUCUUACUGGGUUCAUCUCAACAAAGGGAUGGGAUGAAGUUUUCUUUAUGCUUACCAUUGGGGCUUUUAUUGCUGGGCUUCUUCUUUCACGUUUGAUCAUAGCUGAAAUUGCAGAGAAAACUCGCAAACCUUUAUCUAGUGGACAGCAAAAUCCUGGAGCCCCUGCAUCUCAACCGCUUCUAGAUGAGGAAAGGUGACACUGAUCAGGAUCUCAUGAAUGGUCAAAUAUACUGCUCAAUACUUGGG